CUUAACCAGAGGUACCACUGUAUCUCUGUAACACAGAGGAAGUCUGCCAGUGGGCCUGGUGUCUGAAGCUCCCAGCCAGAUCAGAUCCCAGAGCAGAGCAGGGGACAUAAGAUGUCUAUGCCAGGAGAAGAAGGCAGUCACCACUAAGCACUUCUUUCUUAAAGCAGAGGCUGCCUCCCCUACAAUGUCAAUGAUUUCCGUUCUCAUAUUUAUUCAUAAAAUGAUUUACACAUCACCCUCUCAAGGCAGCACACUGCAAGAAUACACAGGCAUUAAAAGCAAUGCAAAACAAUGUUAAGCAGCUGUGCAGGCCUGCCAGAAUAUAAACAGCAACAGCCAAUCGAGUCAGUUCUGAGAUGCUGAGUCAUUUGCAGGCAGGGAAACUCCCUGAAGCUGAAAACUGAGAAAGUGAAAGUCAGCUGUGCCUUCACUGUGAGGCAGAGCCAUGGCUGGUUCUGGGGGUCCCGUCCAGGAUCUCUGUGCUGAAGCCACCUGUCCCAUCUGCCUGGAUUUCUUCAAGGAUCCAGUGACCACUACAUGUGGGCACGAUUUCUGCCGAGGCUGCUUGAGCCGGUACUCUGGGGUGGUGGGCUCACAGCCUUCCUGCCCUCAGUGCAGAAAUGCAGUUCAGCCAAGGAGUCUCGCUCCCAAUCGGAAACUGGCUAACUUUGUAGAAAUAACCAAGAAGCUCAGCCUUCAAGAGGGGAGGAGGGGAAUGUGUGAGAAGCACCAGGAGCCCCUGAAGCUCUUCUGCAAGGAGGACCAAACCCCCAUCUGUGUGGUGUGCGACAGGUCCAGGGAGCAUGAAAACCACAAGGUGAUCCCUCUGGAGGAGGCUUCCAGGGAGUUUAAUGAUGUGAGAGGCAUCUUGCAGAGGUAAGUGGGUCCUGUUCAUUUGUAUUAGCAUUGCUCCACAAGGCCAGGAAGGGU